AUCGAAAGUCCCUAUAAUUUGUCCAGGUUAGGAUACAGUUUUUUAUAGGUUAUGUGUACAUUUUGAAAAGUUUUUCUACAAUAAGAUAUGUUCAGAUCCAAAUUAAUUAUAAAUGUCGCACGAAAACAGUUAUUCAGAAAUGUAGUCAUAAAAAAGUAUUUACGUACCUCUCACUCAUGUGUUUUUCAACGUGCUUCGCCUGUAAGUUGUUCAAACAACAUUAAAGAACAUGUUCUCUCCACAACCCAACAAUCACCGAAAAUUAAAAAUAUUCAGGAAGGUAUUUCUGAAAAAGAAUUUCUGGUGAAAUUGAAAACAGAUCCAGACACUUUUGGUAGUCAGUUAGAACAAGAAAUCGUAGAUGAAGGUGACCUGGAGGAAGAAAAAUAUUUGACUGUACAACCCUCACCAUCACAACAACUUAGGACAAAGCAAUAUGCUGACUUGAUAAAGGAUUUGAUAAAGAGAAGAAAAAUCAAGGAGGCGAUAGACCUAGUAGAAGUGCGGAUGAUCAAAGAAGACAGAGUUAAACCUGACAGUUAUAUCUACAACCUUCUUCUUGGAGCUUGUGGUAGGGUGGGAUAUACAAAAAAAGCAUUUAUGUUAUUUAACAGCAUGAAGAAAAGGGGUUUGAAGAGUGUUGCAGUUCUGGUGAUUGGAAAAAGUACUUGUUCACCUGUUAAAGACGAUACAAUCUGCUUUCUACUGAACGCUUGUAUCACUGAUAAGGAAGCUGGUUUCAGACAUGCUUUACUUGUAUGGAGAAAGCUUGUUGAUAAAAAUAUCCAACCUAGUGUGUUCACAUUCAAUUUGAUGCUAAGAACUAUUAGGGAUUGUGGUUUAGGGGAUACCGAAGUUGCCAAUGAUGUCAUCAAAAAAUUGGUUGAUGAAAAUAAACAAACUUCAUUAGAAAACUCCGAUACAACAAAGCUUUUAUCUGCCACUGAGAGCACUGAAAAUGAAGUUAAUCAACCAAGUGAACAUUUAGAUCCUUGUCAAGUACCUGAAAUAGAAUCCAGUACAAUCUUAGAACAACAAGUUGAUCAAACUGAUCCAAGUGGUAUUAUCACAGAUCAACAUGAAGAUGACAAAAAGAACUGUGGAAAUAUUAUAGAAUAUAUUGAAUCAAUCCCUUCUAGACCUAAUCUUAUGGCUAAAGUACCACAUUUGGGCAACAUAAUAUCUCUUUCAGAAGUUACAAAGCCUGAGGAACGUUUGUUACUUGUUGGUGGUUGUAAAGGAUUUUUGCAGUCUAUGAAAGAUUAUGCAUGUCAGCCUGACAUCAAAACUUUCACUCUGUUGCUAGAUUCGAUACCUGGUACAAUAGCAGCUGAAGAAGAUUUGAUGACUUCCAUGAGAAAGUCUGAUGUUCGUCCUGAUAUUGAUUUUUAUAACAUGCUCUUGAAAAAAAGGAGUAUAAGAUUUGAUUAUGAAAGUGGAAAGGUAAUGAUUGUAUGUUUUUGUUUAAUUUCUGCCAUUUUCAGGUUGAAUGCCGAAAUUCUGGGAGCAAUGUUACACAAAGCAUGUUUUCACCUUAAUAUUAGUUAUGUUCUGUAUGUGAUGGAAUUAUGCCAUACAGAACAAAUUGAACCAAACAGAAAAUUUAUGGAAAGACUGGAAACAUUCAGGAAGGAAUGUAAAGAUCUUUCAAACAACAAGAAACUGUCGAAGGUUCAUGAGAAGCUUUUUAGCAUUUUCCGUGCAAGGUAUAAAGUGUGGAAAGAACAAGUGACUGUAGAUGAAUCUGAAGACGCACACCCUUGGCAACAAUUUCGACAAACCAGCGAUGGGGAUACCAAAUUCAAAGUCAAAGAUACAGCUAGAUUCAAACCUAGGCAUACAUCAUUGUUUAAAGUUAAAACUUCAACAAAAGUUAGGUAUUAGUGAAUUUAUUAAGAUCUGUGAUUUUUUUAAUAAUAAAUACCUAAAAAUUGUU